UUUCAAUCAUGGGAAAUUGAAAGUGUUAGCAGUACUGACUCAAUUAUAAAUAGCAAUUGUAGUGAUACCUCAGAAAAUAUGGAAAGGGAUCAAAAUGAUACUAUCAUAGUACCUUUUCAGGGAAGCAAUGAAAGUUCUCCAGGGAUGACACUGCCAGUAGCAAUGUAUGGAUCACCAUCAGGAACUACCACACCUCAACCAUCAUCUAAUAUACUAUUAUAUGGAACAUCUUUUUUUGACAAUGCAAAUAAACUAGAGAGAGGAGGAAUCCCAAGUAGAAUACCUCAAAGAGUUACAUUUAAUACAAGUAAUGAUAGGAGAUCUCCAUCCUCUAUUAGGGUAGAAAAUGUUCAACAAUUAGUAGCCUCAACAUUAUCCAGUAAUCAAUCAUCAAGGCCAUCAAAUUUAAGGGUAACAACUCCAUCAGUAGGAAAUACAAAUAGUGGAUCAUCAUUGGGAAAUCCCUACAAUUUUUCCCAAGCAACUCAAUAUAGUCUUUUACAACCGCAAACUGGCAACCAUUCUCGAUUAACCAGCACAACAACUUCUCAGUCAGUACCUAGCAGUCAACCAUCAAAUAAUAUAAACACCUCUCAGCCAAUACUUACACCUCAACCAGCUAUAGUACCAGUAGGAGAAAACAAUGAUAAUGCCUACCUCCAAGUCAUACAAGGGCUAGCAGGAUGGCUUUAA